CUUACCUGGCGUAGGGGUUACCGUGAUCAAUAAGGCGGUUCCCCCAGGGUGAGGCCCUCCCAUUGCACUACGGCUGGGCUGACCCCUGCGAUUAUCCCUAAUGUGGAUAACUCGGGCGCGCAAUUUUUGGUAGUCGGGACUGCGUACGCGCUGUCCCGGUAUAAUAACAAUCAAAUAUAACUUUACAAACCUCUGAAAUGGUCAUUCUCCUUCAAAAAUCAAUUUUAUGUAACAGAAUCUAGAUUCCUUUUUGAAUUUCUGCGAGAAACCCGUAAAACGUGGGCGUUUGAAUUUUUCCUGUCACCUUGAACUCAAUAAGAGAAGAGCUAACAUAAUAUUGGAGUGCAGGUUAUGGAAAACAUGAAUGUGUUCUGUUUAAAACGAAAUUUAAAACGUUUCCAAACAAAACAAACAACCUUAUCGUUGUAAUGACGCAUAGUCCACAUUACAAAGCCAACCAUUGAACCAUUGAUUGACUUCGUGAACUGUGAACUUUUGCAUUCCACUUACAAUGGUCCAAAACACAGAGCUCAACAACCACAUCACAACAAUUAACUAAAAUAAGUGCAAUAUCAGUGCAAUAUCAUCAGAACCCAACAAAAUAGAAUACAAAACAUGUCACCUCCUAAGCAUCUCAGUAAAGAAACACUAAUAAUAUGGGAAGGAUGGAGAAAAAUGGGUCUCAGAGAAGUUGUAAGAGAAUCAGCUGCAAAAGGCUCCCAUGUAGAGCUAGCUUACACAUUUCUCCAGCAAAAGAAGCAUGUAUCACUUGACAACAUCAAACAAUGGUUUAAAGAAGAAGUCAUUGAAUGGGCAAUGGAACUCCUACAAAACAAGCAAAUCUUUCGAGCAUCUCACAUACUCAAAAACAUUAACCUGGAUCCAUUCACUGAAAUCACCAACAUAAUGUUGAAUACACCAGAUGUGGACAACAUGAACUUCUUGGCUAGUCAUCUAGAGAAGAAUGGACAAUUAAAUGAAGAAUUUAAGCUAAAUAUGAGACUGUUUAAUAUUAUUAUGAAUGAUAAUGAUGCACUGACUGCUUUCAAACAGAAAACAGCCAAUGAAGUCACUUUGAAGAUGUUGAUUGACUGUGAUACUGAAUGGAAAGCUAAACUAGUGGCUAAAUUAUUUUUAAAAUACUAUGAUUUUACUUUAUCUCCUUUACUAACUGCAUCGUUUUUGUGGACAAGUGCUCUGGAAUCAAAUGAUAAACCAUUCCUAAAAAUAUGGCUUGAUGUACAAAAUGGAUGUGUUUUUGACCACAGUGAAGAAAAUCAACUGACUAUGAUACUAUCGGAAUUACAGAUAAGUGAACAAAUGUAUUCUUAUUUAUUACAAAGUACUGAUAUUCAUGUUGAGACAAAAGAGUUUGUUUAUGAUACACUGUCAAAAUAUGGAAUAUUCAACUCUGAGGAAUUGAAAGACAUAAGAAAAAUACUUGCGAGAACAAGCAAAAACACUUUGAAUGAAAAUUUAGAAGAAAUUCUUUCACAGUCAUCAGCAAAUUUAACCUAUGACAACUUUAAACAACAACUAAGAGACUAUUGUGUUGCAAACAACAUGUUUAUUGCUUUGGAUGCAUGUCUACCAGAUGAAGACUAUCUAUAUUCAUCUGACAAUCAAAUAUUAACUCUGUUGAAGUCAUGUAAAGAUAUAUCACACAAUCCAAACAAUCGACAAGUGCUUGCUGUUAACUUACAAGAAAUCAACACAUUUAUUAAUCAACCAGAAGAAAAAUUCCAAGCAUUAUUGCAGUUAAUAUUAACAAAACUAACUGGAGAUAACAUACAGAAGUUCCUCUUGAAUAAUUCAAACAUUUUAAGAGUUUUACCAACAAUAGAAACAUUUCUGAGCAAAAUAUUAACCAAUAUUCCAUCAAGUGGUAUAACUAGGUUUGAUUUAUUGCGAAAACACUUCAAAAUCGACGUGGAGGAUUUGUUUCCAUAUCGUUUUAAUCAAGGAAUCAUUGAGAGACCGAAUUUUAAGUCGGAACAAUUGGUACAAAGCUAUGGACAUCAUAAAAUACUCGAUUAUGCGACGUUUUUGUUUUAUUGUCGGCCAGGAAAAGCAUUAAAACUCGCAGAGAAGGAAAAUUUGAAUAUUGUUGAGCGAAACGUGCGUCGUUUGUUGAUUAAAAACUUUAAACGUGAUGACAUAGCUGCAUCUUGUUUAUAUUUCCUCGAUUGUCUGAAUAUAAAGACAAACGAAUUAAAAAUUGAGCUUGCAGCUGCUAAAUUACUACAUGAACGUGGAAAAACACAAAAUGAAGUUAAAACUUUAUUCUUAAAUGGAAAAACAUACGAAAUUGUAAAGUUAUAUGAAGAAAACCUAUUUCCAACAACAAAUGAUGAAUUUAUUGAUAACUAUAUACAACUAGAGUUAGUAAUUAAGUUAGCAAUUCACUAUGGAUGCAAAUUACCUGAAUUAUACUUGGAACAACUUGCAAUUGCCUCAAAAUGGCCGGAAUUUCUGUUUAUCAUACACAAAUUUGAUUAUCCACAAGAACAAGUGAAUAAAUUAGUAACACACUUUACAAAUCAUGCACUAUAUGAUCAUUUAUCACAUGCUUUGGCGCAUGAUUUAGUUAUAGCAAAAAAUGUAUUGCUACGUGAUAGAGACGCUCGAAAGUUUUUCCUCGCAAGAAUCGGAUUGUUGAAACACAUGGAAAGUGAUAUGAUGUCAAGUGUUACUUCACAAUCAAGUUGGGGAAGCAAUACAUCCAGUAGUGGUUUAUCAGAUUACAUCAGUGAAGUUGAAUGUUCAGAUGACAAUCGAACUGAUUUACUACAAGUGUUAAUUCGAUGCCACAAUAGUAAUGAUCCUCCAAAAGCACUGCUUUAUGCUUGUCAAUAUUAUAAAUAUCCAUUACUCGCUGUGUUAGCAACAACUUAUGAACCUGACUCGGUUGUAACAUGCUGGUUGACUUGGUUGAGCAUUUCAUGUGAAAUUGAAGUUGAAGCUUGUGAGCGUUUAGCAACUGUUGGUCAUAUGGUUACUAAUUUUCUACAAAAAGUUGCUGAGAAACGUUUUUACAAAACCCUGCGACAAAGUUUGUGUAUAUUUUUACUUGAUAAUCCCCUGAAGAACUUUCUAGACUUUCUAGUAGAUUGUCAAUAUUUAAACUUUGAUGAUAAAUCACAAAAUGAAGACCUAAAAUACUUCCAUGACAAGUUAAAGAUGAAACGUUCGAACAGUUAUGUGCCAGAGAUAGAUCAUGAUAUGUUAUAUCUCAAUAAUAAAUUGUGGAUUGAGAACACAGCGAUUACUCUACUGGCAACAGCGUUAAACAAUCAAGACAAACCUUAUCAACGUGUGCAACUGUUAAAAGUAAUCAUGGAUUUAAACUUGCAGCAAUAUUUCAUCAGCAGUCUACCAAAUUUAACGAAUCUCUAUGAAUAUUUUAAUUACUUUUAUGAGCGGAAAAUCAUCGUCCAGCUGGAUUUUAAUAAAUUAUUCGACGCUAAUCAUUAUCACGAUGAAAUCAAGACUUGUAUAUUGACAAUGUUGGCUGCAGAGAAGUACAAAGAGGCUUUGAAGGUCGCACAAGUUGAAAAUGUGCUUGUUGAUGAGAUAUUGAUGAAGAAAUGGAGUGAUUCCAGUAGAGAAGAACAAGAAACCGAGCAGUAUUGGAUAAAAUGUGAUAAUGAAUUUAAAAAGUAUGCGAUUUCACCGGAAAACGCUGUGAAAUUCUAUAAAAAUACAAAGAUAAACGAUGAAAUACUGCGGUAUAAAAUCCUCACGUUGUCCUACACCUGGUGUCGAAACUUUAAACUUCAAAACCAGCAAGAAGUUGAGUUGGAAAUGUGGUUGAGUUAUUUAAAAUUAACUCAACCGAAUAUUUCUAUACAAAUUGAUAAAGAAACUAACAAGUCUUACUUAGAAAUGAAGACUGAAAUCGACCAAAUCACAUCUGAACUUUGUGAUGAAUUAUCACCGACAGAAACUGAGAAACUUGAUGUUGUAGUUCAUAAAUUGCUACAAUCAGGGUCGAUUUUUCAAGCAUUGCGUCUACAAAAACUGUUUUCUACCUACAAUAAUGUCAAUUUAGACAUAUUCAGACUUUGUUAUACUCUAGCAGAAGGAAUAACUCUACCUAUACAACUCUCAGCGCAAGAACGUUUGUUAAUCCGCAAAGUAAAAAACAAUCGCACUUAUAGCCACCGCAGAAAACCGUUGUUUUCAUUCCGUUUAUCAAAUUCAACAUCAAGAAGCCCUGCAUCUAGUUUUGGCACAUUACUAGAUGUUGAACCGAAAGUUCAGGACACAUUAUCUCUCCUAGAAAAUCUCAUUGAAGGACUUACAAGUGGAAUGGAACUCGGUGAAAGUAUCCUGAUGACUUAUCGCAUAAGCAUCAACACAGAUAUUUCUUAUAAUAACAUUUUAUCCAUAGAAGAUCCAACUGUGUUGUUGCUGAAUGCAGUGAAAUCAAAUUGUGUGAAUAAAAUCGAAGUCGCACAUGAUUUCUUCUGCAUUUACAACUGGAAUAAAGAACAGAUUGCUGAUUUCUUGUGUGAACAACUUGUAACAGCUGUAAAUACUUGCACAAAGUCAAAACAAGGAUCAAACAUGAUGUGGGACGUGAAUUUAGACCAAGAAAUCCAUCUUAUUCUACAAUUACUACCAGAUGCUUGUUCCAAACUCGGAAUUAAGUUGUAUUCAUAUUGCAGUGCUCUGCACAAAGCAAUAACAGUCACCAACGAGAUGACAAACAUGUUUGAACUGACUGUGGUCAUAGAAUUGUUAAUCUUGAGCCAUGAGUGUUAUACAUAUGAUUGCAACAUGGAAGGCAUAUCAAUAAUCCUCAAAAAGUGUCAGACUUUGAUAAAUUUACUCCUGGCACUUAAAAAUUGGUCUUUGAUCGUUCGUUUACUCACUGGUGUUGGACGAUACAACGAAUUAAACUAUGUCUUUCAUAUUCUACGUGAUCACGACCAAUUUGAGUUUUUAUUGCGGAAAGGAAGUGCGAAAGACAACGGUUUACGUGUAGCACUCUUAGAUUAUUUGAAAAAGUUCUGUCCAGAUAAUCGCACGCUGUACGAAAUGGUCGCGUUGUAUUUUUCAUUGUAUUCUGAAGUUGCACAGUUGUGGGAAGCUGAAUCCCGGCAGUCGAUUAAGAAUCUCAUCGCCAUUUCCAAACUGGAGAUGAUCAACAGAAAAAUCAACCCGGAUGAAUGUAUUUUUGUCGAGUUUAGUAACACGGAAGGAACGAAAAUAUGUCUGAGUAAAGUUAUGGAGAACUACAGUCAUGCAGCUGAAUAUCAUCUACAAGGGGAAAAACUAGCGAAAGCUAUGAAUGCUGCACGUCAAGCUGAACUCAUUGCCUUACAAAUUUCACUGAUUAAAGCUGUGCCUACAAAUGCAGCAACAAAUUGCAUACUGAAUCUGACCUCGCUGCAAAUUGCAGCGUUAUUUUCAACAUUAAGCUUUCAACAAGCUCUAAUCGUCACAGAAGCCUUUAGUUACCAACCAGACUGGGCACAGAUUUUAUUUGAACAUUUCAUCGUUAAAAACGACUCCAAAUACUUUGAUAACUACCUGAUGACGUUUAAUAUCACUGAUAGUUUAGUCCACAACUUAUCCAGACAUUAUUUAGCUAAAAAUAUUAACACUGAGCAUGGUGCUCGUAACAUGAAGAUGGUUCUUAAGUUAUUACCAUUGAUUCACUUACAAUAUAGAAUUGCAAGUGAGUUGGGCUUCUCAGACAUGGUUGAAAAGCUGUUGAACAGUGACAAAUUGAAUUAUCUCAAAGAUACGGUGUGGAAACGUGGUUAUCGCGAAUAAUAUCCAAAGAUUUUUAAUGAUUUUAUGUAAAUAUGCAGAUUUAAAUAUGUUAGUAUUAAAUAUAAACACUUGAUGGCGCUGCAUGUCCAUUGAGAACAUUUUAAUCCAAGAAAAGAAUUUUAUAUUCUCGUCAGAUGUCGCUGUAUGCCUGUAUUUUAACAUGGCCGAUGAAAAAAUAUCCAUGUUGAAUUUUAUCUGUGUUUACAAACACGUUGUAAUCUAUAAAGAUAAAUGCGUGUGCAUCGGCGUUGAAUUUACACGUUUUGACUUGAUUCCUGCUAGCGAAUUUUAUAUUUAUAAAACUUACGUCAAAACUGGUCAAAACCAAAACGUUUCACGUUUUAUCAUGAACUCAUCAAGAUGCAUGAGCAUGAAUUGUGUCACGUUAUUAUACAUUAAUGUAUUUCAAUCACGAUUAAGUGCAUUAAAUACAAUUCGUAAUGAUGCAUUAAAACGUGUUGUAGAUUAAACAGUAUUUAACGCCUCAAGGUUAAACACUGCAGCAAUUUAGUUGCCUAUUGAUAUAUAAUAUUAAAACAUAAUGUGAUUAAUUGAGCGGCAUGAAGAGGGAAGCAGGAAUGAAAUCCAUCAUUCGACGAGGGUUUCGUAUCUGCGAUGUCAAUAAAGUAAACUUUGGACGAAAA